AUGAAGAAGCUUAGUCAGUAGAUGUAAAAAAUUGCUGGCCGAAAUAGUUUUUAAGACUCUCCAUUAAAAUAAGAAAAGAAAAAUACCAAAACACUUAUUGGCGCAGUAAAAACUGAGAGACCUGUUGAUAAAGGAAAAGCAAAGUUACUUGAUUAUUUUAAGAGGGAAAGAAAUUCUUUAGUUUAAGCAUCAAAUACAAUGAGAGCUAAAUUAAAAGGAAGCAAGAGUAUUGAUAAUGUGUUUUUGCAAACAUUAAAAAGUGAUAGGGUAAAAACAUCAUAACCUAAUGUAAUUAUUGAAUAAUUAAAUUUGAAUAGAUAGCAGAAUUACGAGUUCAUACAGAUGAAGGUAGUAAUUCAAAAAAGACAAGUUUGAAAAGCAAGAAUCUAUCACUAGCAGCAGUAUCUUUAGAAGUAAUAUCAUAAUGAUAUAAUUUAAGAAAAAAGAAUUGUCUAAGGCUCCUUUAACAACUAAAACAUCUUAUAAUUAAUCACCGACAGGUUAAAGCAAACCACAAUAAAAAAAAUUAAAAUAAAAAGACUAAUACUUAUUCGAUAUGGUAAAAUAAUUCUCUAUUAAAGUUGAAAAAUGCUUAAAUGAUUUAAAACCAAUAUCAAUAAUACUUUAAUUUAAAAUUAAAUAAACAAUCAAUUAUUUCAGAUACUUCCACUAAUCAUAGAUAAUCAUUAGAAGAUAUUUUAAUUAAUUAAAAAGGUUUAAAGGCUUCUUCAUAAAUAAUCUCGUAGAAACAUUAAAGAAAAUCAGAUAAUGAAUCAAAAUCUAUGAAUUAAGGACAUUCUAAAACAGAAUUAGGAAAUUCAAAGACAGAAUAAACUCCUUAACCAAAAUAAGCAUUAAAAACAAAGAAUGAUGAUUAACUUGAAUAUGAUCCAAAGAAGAAAUUACAAAUAAUAUUAUACUAUAAAAAUUCAAAGUAAUAAAUUUAUAAAUUAAUAUAGAUAUUAUUACUUAUUUGAUUAUGCAAAUAAAUCAACAUGUGAUCUUUAUAACUAUUUAAUUUAAUAGAUAGCAAGUAUUGAGAAAAACUAAACAUAAUAAGGUGGAGGAAUAGAUUCAACGGACGUUGACUAAAUAUAAACUGGUAAGAAUUAAAGAAUAUUUUAGAGAUUAAGAAGAUAUGUUAAUUUGGUACUAUUUCAAAAAAAGUUCCUUAUGAUUAUUACUUAUCACUAUCUGAUUUAAGUCUAUCAGUAUUUUAAGGAAUUACUCUAUCUUUAUAACCGAUGUAUUCAUAGCCUUAAACUACAAAAAAGGUUGGUUUAAAGGAUUUUUAAUUGAUCAAAUGCAUAGGCGUAGGAGGAUUUUCGAGAGUAUAUUUAGUAAGAAAGAAAGAUAAUGGAAUAUUUUAUGCAUUAAAAUUGAUAGAUAAAAAAUUUAUAAUGGAUAAUAAGAAAGAGAUUAUUGUUUAAAAUGAAAGGGAUAUAAUGAUUAAAAUGGAGAAUUAAUAUAUCAUACCUCUCCACUAUGCAUUUGAAUCAAAGUAUUAUAUUGCUUUUGUUUUGGAAUAUUGUGCAGGAGGUGAAUUAUUCUAUCAUUUAAGAAAAUUAAAAAAAUUAAAUGAAUAAGAUGCUAAAUAUUAUUUUGUUGAGAUUUGUAUAGGAAUGGCUUAUUUACAUUCUUAAAAUAUAGUGUAUAGAGAUAUUAAACCAGAAAAUAUUUUAUUAGAUUUAUAAGGUCAUUUAAUGUUAAGUGAUUUUGGAUUAUCAAAACCAGAUAUGGCAGCUGAAGAUUUUGCUUAUUCAUUUUGUGGUUCACCAGAAUAUAUGGCACCUGAAAUGCUUAUGAAAACUGGUCAUAAUUAUUUAGUUGAUUGCUAUUGUUUAGGAGCAUUACUUUAUGAAUUAAUUUCAGGUUUACCUCCUUAUUAUUCUCAUAAUACAUAAGAAAUUUAUAAUUCAAUCUUAACAGAAAAUAUUUAAUUUCCUGAUUAUGUUUAAAUAUCAGAUGAAUUAAAAGAUUUAAUUAUUUCACUACUUUAAAAAGAUCCAACAGAAAGAUUAGGAUAAAAAGAUGGAAUUAUUGAAAUUCUCACUCACCCUUGGUUUGCUGAUGUUAAUUUUGAAAAAAUUGUUAAUAGAUAAUUACCAACUCCAUAUAAACCAGAACCUUUAAAAUAUAAUUUUGAUGAAGAAGAAUUUAAUAAAGGGGAUGCAGAAUUUAGAAAAUAAUUUGCAAUCAAUAUGUAAACUGAAUUUCUAGUAAUUUAUUUAUAUCUAUCAUAUUAGAAUGUUGAUACAGCAAAAUAUUAACUAUUGAACUUUUACUAUUAAAAAGCUUAACUUUAGGAAUAUAAAAAUAGAAACAAUACAGCAAUAAAUGUCAAUAAAUUAUAAUCAGAUUUUUUAUAAAAAGAAUCAUUAUCACCACCAAAAUAAAUUUUCAAUAAAGCAAAAGUAAAAUAAAAUUAUUAUGAUUUAGCACUCUCCUUAAGAAAGUAAAUAGUCAUUAAGGGCUAAUAUUAAAAGUGAAACUCAUGAUUAUUUCAAGAAGCAUAAUCUUUUGACUAAGUCUUCUUAAAUAAUUUAAGAAUCUCUCAAUAAGGGCCAUGGAUAUUCGAAAACAUAAUAACAAUCUCAAAUUUCUUUUUAAGAAUUAAAAGUAUUUAAUUUUACAUAUUAAAGAAAUUGAAACUUAUGUUUGAUUAAUCAAAAUAAUUAUUAAGUUCAGACAGAUUAACAACAAUUCCUGAUUAAAAUCAAAAGAAUUAAAUUGAGAGAAUUAAAACAGAGUAAUUUGGUAAUUUGCCAUCUCCUAAAACAACAACUCACAGUACUGUUAACAAAUUGGCCAAAUAUUAGAAAUUAUUUGGAUCAGAAAAGAGAAAAAAAUGA